AUGUCUUUGUCCGGUCUGAGAGGCACUUCGCGAGCCCUCUGUGGCUUCGCUCGGCCCGUCGUGGCAGCUCGACGGGCCAAGUCUUCCAUGGCUAUGGAUGGACAGCAGCAGCUCCUAUCCGCCCAUCUGCAGCAGGCCGAUCCUGCUGUCUACGACAUUGUUGAAAAUGAGAAGAGACGCCAGAAGCACUUCAUCAACUUGAUUCCGUCCGAAAACUUCACCUCCCAGGCGGUCCUGGAUGCUCUAGGCAGCCCGAUGCAAAACAAAUACUCUGAGGGGUAUCCCGGGGCUCGGUAUUAUGGUGGCAACGAGUUCAUUGACCAGUCAGAACGGCUCUGCCAGCAGCGCGCUCUCGAGGCCUUUGACCUGGAUCCUCAGACCUGGGGCGUCAACGUUCAAGCUCUUUCUGGUGCCCCGGCCAACUUGUACGUCUACUCUGCGCUCAUGAACACGCACGAUCGUCUGAUGGGUCUUGACCUGCCUCACGGCGGCCACCUGUCCCACGGCUACCAGACGCCGACCAAGAAGAUUUCCUUCAUCUCCAAGUACUUCGAGACGGUGCCCUAUCGCUUGGACGAGACCACCGGCUUGAUAGACUACGACAAGCUCGAGGAGCUUGCCACCAUUUACCGACCCAAGAUCAUCAUCGCCGGCGCCAGCGCCUACAGUCGCCUCAUCGACUACAAGCGCAUGCGCGACAUUUGCGACAAAGUCAACGCCUACCUGCUGGCCGACAUGGCCCACAUCUCGGGGCUCGUCGCCGCCAAGGUGCUGCCCGGUCCGUUCCGCUUCGCCGACAUUGUCACCACCACCAGCCACAAGAGCCUGCGAGGCCCGCGCGGCGCCUUGAUCUUCUUCCGCAAGGGAGUUCGCCGCCAAAACCCAAAGACCGGCGCCGACGAGCUCUACAACCUCGAGGGCCCCAUCAACAGCUCCGUCUUCCCAGGCCACCAGGGCGGUCCGCACAACCACACCAUCACCGCCCUGGCCGUGGCCCUGAAGCAGACGCAGACGCCCGACUUCCACGCCUACCAGUCCCAGGUGCUGGCCAACGCCAAGGCCUUUGCCAAGCGCCUCGGCGGGGAGAAGACCAAGGGCGGCCUCGGCUACAGCCUCGUCAGCGGCGGCACCGACAACCACCUCGUCCUCGCCGACCUCAAGCCCCAAGGCAUCGACGGCGGCCGCGUCGAGCGCAUCCUGGAGCUUGUGGGCGUCGCCGCCAACAAGAACACCGUUCCCGGCGACCGCUCCGCCCUCGUUCCCGGGGGUCUUCGCAUGGGAACCCCCGCCAUGACCACCCGCGGCUUCGGCCAAGACGACUUUGUCCGCGUUGCCGACAUUGUCGACCGCGCCGUCACCAUUGCCGCCCGCAUCGACAAGACCGUCAAGGCUGCCGCCAAGGAGAAGGGCGACAAGAGCCCCGGCAAGCUCAAGCUGUUCCUGGAACAUGUCGGCGACGGCAACUCGGAGCCUGAAAUCGUGCAGCUGCGAAGCGAGGUGGAGGACUGGGCGGGUACUUUUCCUCUUCCAUGGGAGACGAGCUGA